CUCACUCAGUAACACUGUACCAGUCCCUACCCUGAGCAACUCUCUGUCACUCUGCACCACCUCCUGUCUUCCGCGCAUUCUGACUCGGCGGCCGCUCUGCGCAUGCCCGCGGCGGCUCGGCAGCAGCAGGGUUCCAGCGCGGCGAUGUCGUCCGUGUCGUGGUCGCUGAACGACAGUGACAGCCGGAGGAACAAGACGAGCCGGGUAUUCCCGGUGCCCAGGCAGACCUCGCUCUUCCAGCCGCCCGUUCUCAACCCCUUCGCCCACCACAUCGAGCUGAGCGUGGCCGACAAGCUGAAGAUAGCUUUGGCCAGCAUCACCCUUGUACCUUUGCGCAUUAUAUGUAUUUCUAUCUUUGUUAUUGUUGCUUGGCCAUGUACACUCCUUGGACGAUUUUGUUAUCCUGUAUGUGGCAACCAGGAGCCAAUUCCAAACUGGAAACGCUGUAUUGUACAAGUUGUGUUGAAAUUCUUGGGACGUGCCUUUUAUUUUUGUAUGGGUUUCAUCCGAGUUGAAGUGAAAGGGAAGAGAGCUGAAGCAACUGAAGCACCAAUUCUUGUUGUAGCUCCUCACUCAAGCUUCUUCGAUGCAAUUGUGAAUAUCGUAGCUGGGAUACCAUCAGUUGUCUCACGAGCUGAGAAUGCUGAGGUGCCUUUUUUUGGAUCUUUUCUGCGUUGUGUUCAACCUGUAUUGGUAUCGCGCAAUGACACAGACUCCAGAAAGAAAACUAUUGAUGCAAUUACAAAGCGUGCAACAUCCAAUGGGAAAUGGCCCCAGCUUAUGAUUUUUCCAGAAGGGACCUGUACAAAUCGCACCUGCCUCAUCACUUUCAAAUCAGGGGCUUUUAUUCCAGGAGUUCCUGUUCAGCCAGUACUUAUUCGAUACCCAAAUAGACUGGAUACAGUUACUUGGACUUGGCAAGGACACAGUGCGAACAGACUUAUGUUCUUAACAUUAUGUCAACCUUACACAAAAGUGGAAGUUGAGUUUUUGCCUGUAUACGUACCAAAUGCUGAAGAACGAUGUGAUCCCUUCCUCUAUGGCAACAGAGUUCGCAGUAUUAUGGCAAUAGAAUUGGAUGUGCCAAUGACAGAUCAUACAUUUGAAGAUUGCAGACUGAUGAUUUCAGCAGGCGAACUGACUUUGCCCAUGGAAGCUGGCUUAGUGGAGUUUACCAAAAUUAGCAAGAAACUCAACCUAAAGUGGGACAAUAUAAGAAAACAACUGGACUGUUUUGCUACAAUUGCCAGUCAGUCUAAAGGUGGAAGGAUUGGUAUCGAAGAAUUUGCUGAGCAUUUGAAACUGCCAAUCUCACCUGCACUGAAGGAGGUGUUUCAUCUUUUUGACAGAAAUGGAGAUGGAACCAUAGAUUUCAGAGAAUAUAUAAUUGGUCUGGUGAUUCUUUGUAGCCCUGCCAACACAGAGGAAACCAUUCAGUUUGCAUUUAAGAUGUUUGACGUGGACGGAGAUGGAUAUAUAACUGAAGAUGAGUUCUCCCAUCUCUUACGAUCCGCAUUCAGUGUGCAUGAUCUUGAUGUUUCUGAAUUGUUCAAAAUAAUUGAUGUAAAUAAUUCUGGGAAGAUUUCAUAUGAAACAUUCCAUGAGUUUGCUCUGAGACGCCCAGAAUAUGCCAAGUUGUUUACCACAUACUUCGACCUUCAGGAGUACUUAUCAUCACAGACAUCAAAUACUGAUGACGAUGAUCUAGAAAAACCAAAUAAAGUGCAGCCAGUUGCUUCUGAUGAUAGCUUUAACAGCUCUGACAAAAAAGAAGACUAAGCUUGAAUUACUGCAUUAUAUUCUGAGAAGGAGUUGCGAAAUCUCAAUUUUUAUUUUUUGGCAGAAUUCUGAGAUUCCUGCAGUAAAAUAUGCCAGCUUUUAAUUUGUUAUUGUACAAAGUGAUGGUGUUCUACCAUCUGUGAUGUUUCUUCCUAUUCAUAUAUUGGCAUUUUUUAAUCAAAUGCACACAGAAAGACCAACAUUUUUCCUGAGUAUUUUAAUUUCAUUUUGUUUAAAUUAAAAACAAGUCAGAACCUUGCAUUUACAGUAUAUAAUAAUUUUAACAAAUUCUACGGCUUUUCGGCAAAUAAGUAAAUACAAAAAUUAAAUGCUGAGUAGGGAUUAGGAAGCGUUAUCAAAAGCUUCACCAAAACUUUGAGAAGGCAUUUGGAGGUGGAGAGGUAAAUCAAAGGGUUUCAGUAGGGAAUUGCUGAGAUUGCUACUGAAGCAGUUGAAGACUUUUCAUAUGAACAAUGAGCAAACAGAAUAUUUACAAGUUUUCAUUGAUAAGCUUCAGUGAAAUUUCAGUAUUUUAUGAUUUAAUACAAGUCCAGAUCCUACUCUUAAAUAGACUAAAUGAAUCAUAACUUCUUCGUGUUUUAUUCUGAUGUUUAAUUGGCUCACAUUUCAGUUAUGAUGUUAUUGUGCCUUUAUGCAAAAAAACCUAAUUAUUGUAGGUAGAUAAUAUAAAUGAACAACAAAUUAAUCUGAGCAACCUACUCAAAUUAAUAUAUAUUAGAAAAGAUCAAUUUUGUUAAAAAUGUGUUUGCAGCUAUACUCAAAGUCAAGAUCAGCAAAGGUAUUUCUUGACUGCUGAAUUGGAUUGCCAGCCUCUUUAGUUCUUCUCUAUAUUCUUUGGUAUUGAAAACUUUUUUUAAAAAAUGGAUGUAGAUAGCUGUACCAUAUAAACUAUACCUCAGCAAACCAAGAUUAACCUACAUUUUCUUUUAUAAUGACAAGAAAUAUAUUUUCAUUAAUUCAUUUAGUUUCUCAUUGCCAAAUCACCUGUUCAAUUUCACAAAAGGUAACUCUCACGGAUACAGAGUAAAGAAGAACCCAAGCUAUCAUGCAGUGUUUAUUGAGUUUUGACAGGGCUUAUUGACUUUUAAAGCAGACUCAUAUUUAGAACAUAUUUUUCUGUGUGCAUAUUGAUCUCAAAAUCAUUCUCUCUCCUAAAAAACAUAGCUACAUCCCAAAUUUAUUGGGAGCUAGAAAACAAUCAUAAAGCAGGAUUGACUAAGUUUUAAAGGGGAAAUGCUGCAAAAUCAAGUUAUAUUAACAGCUCAUAUCUAAAUUGCAGCAUGUCAAUAGGAAAACUUUGUGACUGAUGUUGGUACUACAUAAAUUCAUGAGGAGUUUUCAAGAAAUGAAAAGAUAUUGUUAAGUGAAGCAUUCCGGGCUAAUUUUUACUAAAGAAUUGAAGGCUUUUUACUGGAAAAGUUCACAAAGCUAACAACCACUUACGUUACUUUUCCUUGCUUUAUUGCAUAAUGAUGCUGCUUUGCAAUGUUCAAAGUUUAGAAACUAAACAAUAAUAUAUGAUUUAAAUGUAAAUAAAUACUUC